CUACUUGAUGUCAGUCACCCUGGUAUUUUCAGAAAGCCAACGUAAUGGUGGCCAAAUUAUUCGUAGCAUCGUAGUAUCACUAGAUUCCAGGAACUUUUUAUGAGCCCAAAAGCUCGCCAAAAAUAUGAAUGAACCACUGACCCAUUGAAUGAAUUACAAGUUGUUUUUGAAUGGACUCAUUGUCAGAAACGAGAUUCUCUUCAUUAAACUGUCAACCGUGAUCUUCAAAACGAGGAUUGAAAACUCCUCAUGACUUUGGUACAACUUUACAUGCAGAGGCAACAGGACACCAUGGCGAAAAAUAGUCUUGGUUUAGACAGACAUGUUUCCAUGGAAACAUUUACAAUUGACAUUGAUCAAACAAGAUGACAGUGAAUUCUGUCAGUCAAAAGUUUCUCCAACAGCUGACUUGUGACAGCAGACCAAUCAAGACUAUAGAAGCAUUUACAACAACUACAGCUGCCGUAUAGUGGCUGGUAACGGUUCACAAUGUGUGAAGUAGGUGCAGGAGAUGUCCCUCCACCGGUUGAUGAGGAAAGACCUUCUUAUAAGCCACGAUUUCUUGAAAAAGAUCCACAUGCACCUUCAGAAUCUUUGGGAGAUGCUUCUGCGAAACAAACACCUAAAUUAUGGAAAUACUCAUCACCUGUGGAACCACCAACAGUUUUGCACCCGGAUGAUCCUUUGAUGAAACGAUUCCAGGAUUCCCUUAAAUCUCAUUUGACCCGUAUCAAUAAUAAACUGCAAGACGAAAUCUAUGAUCUUGAGAUAGCAAUCAAAAGAGCUAACGAGGAGCGAGAACAAGAAGGACUUAAGCUGUACAGUGCACAGGAGGAAAUAGCCCGACAACAAUCCACGAUUGAGAAAUAUCAAGCCACAUUGACCGAGGUGAUACAGAUGCGGGAAGAAAAAGAAUCGCAAAUCAAUACAAUGAAGGAAGUGCACAGGGAGGCAUACAACAACUUAAGGGAUGAAAAAUCCAAGGAGGAAGAAAUGACCCGAGAAUUAGAAAGUUUGGCGUCGUUGGAACGUCAAUUUACAGAAUGGGAAAACGAAUUAUCUAGCAAUAUAACUGUGUCAAAAAGAAUGUCAGAGAAAGAUGCAGUGGUCCAGAGAGAAUUGAUACAAAAAAAACAGCAAGAGGAUUAUAUCUUGUUUAAAAUAAUGUCAGAAGUAUGGAAAUUAGAAUCAGAGAUCAAAAUGUUGAAUAAUCAAGCUGAAUUGAAGGAGAAAGAAAAAGCGGCGCUUCAUCAAACUAUUACCGAUGCUAAUGCAGAUCUAGAUGCAUUACAACGAGAAUAUAAAAAUUUGUUUAACACAUGGAACAGCGUUGUCGCUAAUGUCUCUCAAAGGAAUAAGAUUUACAGCGAUAUUUGCAACGAGAAACAGCAAAUACGCGAAUCAUUUCGAACUUUACAAUCUGGUAUUGACAAAUUGAAAAAAGAAACCAAUAAAGAAAUGGAAACUAACGAACGAUUGACUGCAGUCCAAUCGAGACUAGAGGACGAAAUUCAAAUGAACCUGAGGAUGAACGCUGCUGAGAGAGAGAAAAUUACACAUCUUGAAUCUCAGUUGUCGAAAAUAGUCAAACUAAUUGAACAGAAUAAUGCAGAAUUCAAUGACGUUCAGAGUGAUUAUCAAUACUAUGAAAACAUCAAACAGUCGAUGCAAAAGGACAUUGAGAAACUAGCUAAUCAGAAAGUUCAGCUGGAAGACCAAAUUUUGCUAAGAUUGGAAGAGAAAGUGACCCAUGACAAAGCAGCCAAACACUUGAAUAAAGUUUUACGUGAUUUAAAAUGCGCCACAAGAGAACAAGAAUUAAUUGCGGCACAGGCUGAAAAUAGUUACGGAAAGACCUUAUUGGAUAUCGAAAAAUUAAACACUAUUCUUGAUAAUAAUAAGUCGGAAUUACAAGAACUUGAUCGUGCCAACAACGCCAGAGAAAAAGAGAUCGAUACCACUCAAUCAGAGAUAAGAAAAAUUGACAUAGUUAUUAAUAAAAAACAAAGAGAGUUGGUGAUGGUGAAUAAAAAAAUUGAAGAAGCGAUAGAAAAAACGGGUGGGGAAGACAUCAGCCCACUCGAUUCAAGCAUUAUAACAUUGGAGAAAAAUAUCGAGGAAGCUGAACAAAAGAUUCAAAAAUCGCAGUUAUUGUGGUUGAGGCAGGAAGGAUAUAUGGUUAAUCUCACCCAGCAAAGAAACGUCCAGUCACAGGAAAUGAGUCUAUUAGCCAAGCAAAUAACAAUAACGGAGCAGAAAAAUUUAAAAUUAGAAACUGAACUCGAAGAGCAGAGGAGAGAGGAAAUUAAUAUGAACAGAGUAAUAAACAAUUAUCAACAAAAAUUGGUGCAUCUCAAUUCACGGUUGGCGAUGCAAAAGGAUUACAAGGAUCUUUUGGAAGAUACGAACGUUUUGACAAAAAAUGAGUACUUGAAGUCAUUGGAAGAGUUGGAAAUGGAUAUUGUAAGACUAAAGAAUGACAUACAACAGUUGGAGGAGGAAAAAAUCAGCCUCAAAGAACAAUUAAAUAGUCUGCAACGGGAAAGCUUAUCUUGGGAAAAGAAGGUACAAUUAGCGCAAGAAACAAAUAAAAAUAUCAAGGAUGAACAAGGUUGUUUUGGGGAUGUGGGAAUAAUGAAAAGUGAAAUCCAGAGAAUGCAAAUCAGGUUGUCACAUCUCAGGAAAGCCCAGGAAAAGUUAGUUCUUGAUAUGGAGCACUGCGUUUCACGGAGAGACGCAAUUGUCGAUGGAGCUAUGGCCAAAGAGAAGAGAAAUCCCAAAGGACAACACAACCAGAGAAUGAUUUUUCGAAAACGAUUGGAUGAUCAGAGGUUAAAGAUCAAGCAAGUUACCAAAGAAACGAAGCAAAUAGAAAACCAAAUAUCUGAAUUAGAAAAGAUGCAGAAAACAAUGUUAGAGCAGUUAAACCAGGGUCAAGAGAUUCUCAGAUCGAUCGAGGAUGCCAUAUCUGAAACUGAGAAGGAAAUAGUCGAAGUUGAAAUCAUAAAACAGCAUAAUUUAGAACUCCUGAUACGAAAGCAGCACAAGGUAAAAAUGUAUCAAGAGAUGCAAAGCGGCAGCCACAAAAUGUUGUACAAGUCAGAAUCAUUGCUGAAUGCAGAAUUCUCAAAACAGCGUAUAAUGAAUUCUGAUUUGAGGGAAAUAAUAGAACAAACCCAGAAUGAUUUUCCACUACUGAAUAACGCUACACGAAAAAUACUAUUGACUCUACAGACACCAUGAACCAUAUCUCACGGAAUACAUGCUGCAAUUGUAAAUAUACAUUCAUUUGGAAAUACUCGAUUUUAAAGUACUGGGUGUCUGUUUUACUUUUGAUAUUUCCUAGAAUAUAUUAUGAAUCAUUGUGAAUAACAGCAGUAUUUGGCAAAAGUAAUGUUUAUUUUACAGAGUUUAUAUCUACAUAACAAUUAGCAUACAUAUGAUCACCACUCGUAUGCCAUUAAUCUAGCCACUUCACAAUGUGAUACGUCUUCUUUCCCACUCGAAUCAUUGUUAAAUUAUUU